AUGCCGUGCUGCCUCGCCAUGCGCGGCUACGCCGCCAGGCUCAUCGGCCCCGAGUUCGACGGCGCCCGCGCCAUGGUCAACGUCACCGCCGAGUGCCAGAUUGAUCUGUUUUUGCAAAAAGAAUUUGAUUCUGCUCUCGAUCUCCAUGCACGUUCAACAAAAUUAGCAACGAAUGCGUCAUGGCGAAAGAGAGAGGGCAAGCUUGAUCUCGUCGUCAAGCCCGUGGUCCGCGCUGGCCAGUGGCGAGUGCUGCAGUGCGGCCACGAACGCGCCGUCGCACCGCGCGCCGCCGAGUACGCCGCCGUCGUGCGCCGGCUCGGGCGCGCCGCGUGGGGCGGCGGCGCGGACCUGCAGCGGGCGCAGAUGCUGCUCGCGGAGGCGGCGGGCACCCAGGUCGUUCCUGACGGCGGCGGGACCAAUCCCCUAGUCGGUCCGCCUCCAUGCCUGCCAAUCCUCCGCCUCCGCUACCAGCAGUACCAGCAGCAGCUGCAUCAGGCGCAUCAGCUCUUCCAGCGGGACGCGCAGACCAUCACCCCCGAGGCGCUGCAGAGCGUCAAGGCUGCCCUCGCCACCAGCGACGUCCUCGACCCGGCGGCCAGCGCCAGCGCCAGGCCCGCUGAUCCCUCCACCAACAAGAAGCCCAUCCCCCGCCGCGCCGCCGGACAAUCCUGGGAAGACCCCACCCUCACCGACUGGCCCGAAAACGAUUAUCGGCUGUUUUGUGGAGAUCUAGGGAACGAAGUUAAUGACGACGUUCUCUCCAAAGCAUUCUCACGGUUCCCCUCAUUCAACAUGGCAAGGGUUGUUAGAGACAAGAGGACUGGCAAAACUAAAGGAUAUGAAUUUGUGAGCUUUUCAAACCCUACUGAUCUUGCUGCAGCAAUAAAAGAAAUGAAUGGAAAAUAUGUCGGGAACCGCCCUAUUAAAUUACGUAAGAGUAAUUGGAAGGAGAGGACAGAUGUUGAGGCUCUAGAAAGGCAAAAGUGCUGCUGCCUUGAGAAUUGGGAUGAUUCAACGUCCGAAAGCUCUUCACUCAUAUACUGCACUAGUCAAGACGCAAGGCUGCCUGCUGUUACAUGCUCUAUGGAAAUUGACAAUGUUGCUCCAUUUCGUUAUGGGGUUCCGUGAGGCUUGUGAACAUAAAACGUAGCGCUAGGCCACUAAGUGCCACCCGGUACCAGCUGUGCACCAUUUUGGUUUCUUUUCCUUAGUAGUUGCGUUGAUGUGGUAUUACAGUGAAAUGCUGGAAUAGUGUGAUGGGUAUAUUGACCAAUGAGUGCUUUGUCGUGAGUAGAUUGUGAGCCUGACCUUUUGCUUUAGGUAGCAUCUCCUGUUGAACUAUUUUGUUUGCUUUUCUCAUUCUUUUACGAGUGCGGCACUCUUUGUAUAAGAUUGAGAGUGCGGCACUCUUUGUAUAGGAUUGAAUGAACAUGAUAUUUCCUUCAAUACAUCUAAAAUUCGAUCGAAA